GUUGUGGGUCAUAACAAGAAAAGCUAAGCUGGCUUGAAAACCUUUAAACAUUAAGGCCAGCCUUGUUCAGAAGCACCUGCAAACAGGAGAGAGAGAGACCCAUUUUCCCAAAGCAAAAGCAAAAGAGAGAGAGAAGAAAAAAAGCAGAGGAUAAAGAGAGAAAUUCAAGGAAGAAGGAGGGUUUCUGUGCAGGUAGAGUCAUGAUGCAAACACAGAGGCAGUCAAGUGAUCAACAGCUACAGACACUCAUGCAAUCUGGGCAGAUUUCAGGGAGUUUAAGCUUUAAUGGAACCAUGACCAAGGAAGACGAAGAGAUGUCAAAGUCUGCUCUGUCUACGUUUAGGGCUAAGGAGGAAGAGAUUGAGAAGAAGAAGUUGGAGGUGAAGGAGAAAGUUCAGCUUCAGUUGGGUCGGAUUGAAGAAGAAACUAAGCGUUUGGCCACUAUUCGUGAGGAACUUGAAGCGUUGGCAGAUCCAAUGAAGAAGGAAGUUGCAUCUGUUCGUAAAAAGAUCGAUUCAGUCAACAAGGAGUUAAAACCACUGGGACAGACCUGCCAGAAGAAGGAGAAAGAGUACAAAGAUGCUCUUGAGGCUUUCAAUGACAAGAACAAAGAAAAAGUACAGCUAAUUGGUAGAUUGAUGGAGCUGGUGGGGGAAAGUGAGAGAUUGAGGAUGAAGAAGCUGGAAGAGCUAAGCAAGAGCAUAGAAACUAUACGUUGAGAUAACCAAAAUGCUGAUGACUGAUUAGGUUCUUGUGAUGAAUUUACGAAGACCUCUCUCUCUAUUUAUAUAUGGGUGUUUUGGGUUUGGUUGUAUUCCAUGGUUUUCUUUGGUGUUUGAUUAGGCUUUUGAUGGACCAUUUGCUAAUUUAGGAAAGGGGUAACGCCCUGUAAACAUGUUUGUAACUAAACAGGUCUCAACUUUGAUUCUCUUCUCAAUUUGUUCUUACAUUCAACUUUUACGAUCUUCGUGUCUGUAAUAUAUCUAGUGUCUUUGAAGGAAGAAUGGAUUUUUCAGCUGCUAGAAACGUUAGAGAUGUCUGAUACAGAGUAAUAUAUCAUGUGGUUUGUUUGCACAACACUUUAAAUCAACUUUGUGAUAAAGUAGUGAGGAAUCCUCUUUCCGACUCUGAUUGUCC